AAACGUUUCAACUGGUGAAAUGUGCACCCAACGGUACACAACCUCGACCAAACUUCUGGGUCAAGUUGAAGACCACCGAAAGCAAUGGGUUGAGUCAAUGUCUUCCGGGGCUCAGUUUUCCUCUGAGUCGGCAUCAAUGGGCAGCUGUUGAGUUAUCAUGUCGUGUAGCCAGUAUGCAAGAGUGUUGCUAAUCCUGGUUUCCGUCUGGGCUAUCGUUGGAGAGAAGCAGAUUUGUGAAUAUCGUUGCAAUUUAGCCGACUGUGUCAACAACGAGGUGUGGCAUGAAGUCGAAAUGGACGGCCCCAAUGGGGAUAAGAUUGUGCUCCAGCAGACCCUGAGACAACGGCCCCGAGAGAAAUUGGUCGGAUCAAUGUUUCCCGGUUUGGUACGGUCGAACAUGUUCCGAAAAUUUCUGGACGCCUUCGUAACGAUGGGUGAGCGAAGGCGGGCAGAGCAGCAGUAUCGGAACGAUGUUGCUCGACAACGGGUCGAGCAGAUUCAGCAGCGACACCGAAUGGGCCGGGUGGCAGUAGCUGAGAAGCGAUCUCAGCGAGCGGUCCGCGAACGGCCGGUUCCGAAUCUUGCUAGGGCGAAUAAACGCUCGGAGCGUCGGGGCCAACGUAAUGCGCCGCGUAGAAGCCAGAGCAAUAACCCGCGUAGGGGUCAACGUAGGGGAAGAGUACCAGCUGAAUGA